AUGCCUGGGUCCGGGAUGUCCCAGAGCCCUCAAAGCGACAGAGCAGUGAGGGCCAGGAGCUUGGCCGGUGCACUGACGUUGUGCACAUUUGGUGGGCUUGGAUGCUUCGUUUGGGCCGGCGCUACAUCGCAGCUAGGUGGGACCACAAAGUGGUCAUACCGCCAGCAGACGCAUCCGAAUCUGGUGCGUCGAGUUGUAGCAGCCCCCCCUGCUGAAACUGCCCCUCCUUCAGUGUCGGAGCCUCCAGCGCACAGCACCCGCGGUCAAUGGCUGGAGUGCUUGAUACAGCACGAACUGCAAAGUCGGGCGAACAGGAAGCACGCCGAGGUGUGGGUGCUUCGACGCGGCCAUAUCAACUUCUUCCGCAGGUUUCUUACACUUCGUGGAUUUCAUGCCUGGAGUUCCAAGGCGGAACUAAAGUGCCGGGAGCGCGGCAUGGACUCCGACAUGCGAUGUGUGGAGUGCACUCGCCUGCUGCACGGGGGGUUCUAUGGCCAUAUGGGCGUCGCAGUUCCGGCACAUCCGCCUCAAAGGGCUGUCUUGGGCUGCUUAGGCUUGUCCAAGGUGCUCAAUGUGACGAGUGAUCCCGAAGAUGACCAAACCGGUGGCUCAUGGGAUGCGAAUCCCACACGCCAGUUUUCCUUCUGCAACACCAUGCGCGUCAAAUAUGACGAUGCCUGA